CCUUGAUCGAAUUAACACUAAUAGAAUAUACAUUUGCAAUGCGAAGAAUACAUGAAUUUACUUUACAUUUAACGUAUAUUUACUACAACUUUAUUACACAGCACCUUUGUAUUAUUUAUAUGUUUAAAUUAUUUAAAUUAGCAAUAUAUUUACUUUUACAUUUCCUAUAUAGUUGCUUCACAACUACUAUAUCACUUCUAUACAUUUGUCUAUAUUAAAUAUAUAUUAUCGCAUUGAAAAUAACAUAAAGUAGCCGUAACGCCUGGUG